AAUGAAAAUUGCCGCUGUUUUACUCGUGGCUAUGGUAGUGAUGAUGGGUCAGACUCAUGCGUGGAGAUUUUGGAGAACAGCUGGAGCAGUUGCUAUCGGCGCACUUGUAUUCGGUAAGAGAGACAUAGAAGGUGCCGAUUUCCAAGCUAAAUACAAAGCUGCUGUUGAAGAUGGUGUUUUCACUGCUGAAGAAAUCAAAUCUGUAUUUGGUGUUGCUGACAAUGGGGUGGCUGAAUUCAUAGAAGCUUAUGACAUGGAUGGAGAUGGAACUAUACAAGUCAAGGAGUAUGAAACAGUUGUCGCACUCGCCGAAAGUAUGACAGGAUAAGAGAAGAAGAUAAUCCUGGAAUGAUGAAAAUUCUGAUCUGAUUAACUCAUUGAAAAUUAUUAUUAGAAUAGAUUAGUGCAGCAUAAAA